UUAGGUGUACAAUAUAGAAACACAUAUAUACACAGAGGCAAUUUAUUCAGUAUACCAUUACAGUGAAAAAGGCAUCAUCGGUAUCAGUUAUUAGGUGGUUAUUAGAGUGGCAUGCACCCGUGUCACUUAUAUUUCCUGUUACGCGGACGACAAUUAUAAACAUAUUGAUAUCUAAGAGACAUGACCGCAUAUUUCUACACAAACACAAUUAUCUGAACGCAUUUUUCUAUAACACAUAAUUACUGACAUGGCGCUGUAAUGGAAAAAAAAAGAGGAUAAUAGUUUCAUAAAAGGUAUUAGUUUUGUGUUCUAAUUUUUAAUACGAAGAAAGUUAUAAUGAAGCACGUUACGCCGCGGGACACUACAGGCGAGGGCGUGACGGAGGAGGGAGGCCCUGCAGGAAGAUAUAAGGUGAAGAAAAAGUAAUCAACUUAACGGAAGGAAAUCGCAGCACCUCUGAGACGGAAUAUCGACCCGCCAGGAAAUGAAUGGCCUCCUUGGUGCACCAAGUCAUUAAGCUAAUUCCUCGAUGCGUCAUUUUGCCGCGCCUCUUGCCCUGAGCCCACUCUCGGUGUCUCAUACAUGACACUAAAGGUAUAAUACAAUUUUCCGGACAAGCUAUAAUUCUCUACAGUCCUAAAUCCAUCAAUGUAGGAGCGCCGCUCAGUCAUCUUGGAGUCGCAACAUCGAGGAGGAAAUUCAUCAAGUUACUUGAAUAUUAAUCUGCACAUUGUUUUGCUCUACUUAACUGGUCUUUGUUGAUAUAUUUCACUGGUCUAUUAAUUUAUUCGCAAACAGAAGGUAUCAUUCACAUUGUGCUUCGUAUAAAAAGAAUGUAUUACUGCCAUUGCUGAUGGAUUACAUAGAUAUACUACUCUUCAUACACGGCGGGAGCUGAGACCAAUUUAUUAAAAUAAAAAUUGACGUAACUACUGUCGCAGAAGACAGAGCUCGACUGUCGCCGAGAAAAUUGUUAGAAAAAUGUAACUUUUUAUGUAAUUAAAAUUUUGAAUAACCUCACUCUCAAUUAAUUCUGUGUUUUCCUGCACCGCGCAAAUCGGUAUACACAAAUUUUCCUGACCGAGGCGAGACGGAGGAGACGCUCGGCUGACGAGAGCGGGAGGAGGGAUCAAGGGUGAGAUUAUUGGUGCGGUUUCAAAGCAUAACUUACGCUUAAUUACUGUACUGAAGAGCCCACCAACUUCCGACCGGCGUCUGCUGCCAUUUGCGGUGGUCGGAACCAGGAGCGGCGCGGCCCGCCCCUCCACCGCUGCCGCUACUCUUCCGCGGCCCCGCACUGUCCGCAGCCGUCGUAACAAUUUACUCCAACCAUAUAUUAUGCAAAAUGAGGCAAAACCGCAUGUUACGACAAGUUGGAGCUGCAAUUAUACAUUGAGCAAUAUCUAAUGCUGCGGCGACGCGGACUUAUCCUCCGGGACGCAGCUCCUCAAGACAGAGACCAAUGAAUUGAGCUGGCCGCGGCCCGCACUACUGGGAAAUAUGUGCGUGUUGUUGAUUUAUUUUGUCAAUAUUGCAGUUUAUAUUUUGGAGACUUUCAAUACUUAUGUAGCGCAUCAAGACCAUAAAUCUCAGGACAGGAUGUAAUUCUUUUGUCGCAAGAUAUAAUUCGCUGCCAUGAUGGAGGAGUCUUGUACGCAUUUCUUGUCGAGCUCACCGAAUUCCAGAGGCGGCCAAUAAAGAAGAAUUAACACGUCCCACGCUCAGAUACCUUGUAUUUACCCAAUUCCUAUAUCACUCGGCCGACUGACAUCUCUAUUGCAGCGACCGCCAUGUUUAGACUAAAUCAUUAGCCUUAGCUGUUUUUAAAUAACUUGUAACUUCUUUUGGUAAAGAUUUUCAAACAAGUACACACACUAGGACGGUGACGAAGGUAAAACAAAUGCACUGUGUCGCCCAGACAGGAGCGGCCACACGCGGGACGUGACGAAGGUAUGCGGGCCAACACUGCCAGAUACAAUCGGCAAAUUUUUCUCACUAGUGAGUCUCGAGGGAGUUCCGCUAGGCCAUGGACGAGGAAACAGGCGGCGGUGGAGCCUCAGGUGAGGUGCAGGGAGCCCCUCCUUCCUCUCGCACCGUCGCCCACACCACCACCACUACCACCACCACCACCGCCGCCACCACCACCACUCGCGCGCUCCGCUCUCCCCGCCCUCUGUCACUUCGCUAAUUGUGUCGGCGAGGAACGGACGGACUGACGAACGAGGAGUCGCCCACACUCGCACAGAUACAAGAGUCAGUGUUCACUAGUGGUGCGUCAGUGCCGCAUCGGGCCGGGGACGUGCCCUCAACUCUCUUGAGUAGCCACUGGGCACCAGUGUGGAGGUGUCGCCGCAUCACGGGAGGAAGGCUGCAGGGUGUGGGGGCCAAGUGCUCCCUUCGUCAACAGGAGACCAAGUGUGGCCAAUGGCGGCUGCAGGCAGACCAAGUAAACCCACUUGAGUGGCGGAUCCAACAGAGAGGUGGGGGCCAAUCAUCGCCCGCGCACACACACACACACACUCGUCUUAAGUAAGAAGAGGGGAGGGGAGGGGGCAUGUUAACCCUUGCCUGGAGGUGCGCAGUGGCAGUGCGCAGGUCACACACAUGGGGCUCGGCCGGCAGUAAAUCAACGCCAAUCAUCGUCUGGCUGUUGGACGAAGCACACGUGAACAGAGGCCAUCGAUCAGUGCAGUGAGUGAGGCUUGUGAGAGUGGGUGUUGGGGCAGGUGGUGGUGCCCUCAGCCUCGCCCAGGUGCCCGCCCCCGGGUCUUCCAGCUGCUGCUGCCCCGCCGUCAGGAAAACUCCACCCCUGGCUCAGUGCUUAUCGGGGACUUGUGGCGAUCGGUCGGGUGGUCGGGUCGGGACGCGCGCACAUCCCGACCAGUCCUGGUGGUUCGUUCUCGCCAUUCAUUAAUCAUGGUGACGUAGCCCGCGCGGGUCACACGGAGCCCCUCGUAUUGGUGCUCGCGGGUCACGUGGUAUGCUAAUUGUCGGUGCUAGGAGGAGUCAAAACCAACGGUCGAGGCACUGCUCACAAGUAAUAUUAUUUGGAUCCAAAUCACCAAAAAUUAAUGACGAUGAGUUCGUUUUUGAUGAACUCUGGGCCUUACGUGGACCCCAAGUUUCCGCCGCCGGAGGAGUAUAGCCAGAACUCUUACAUCCCGCCGCAGAGUGACUACUACAAUCCUGCCCAGCAUUACCCCUACCAUGGCAUGCACCAGGCCGGCAUGCAGUAUGGGCGCGAUGCCAUGCAGUACAACCAUGCGGGCUAUUACCAGCAGGCGUGCGUCAUGCCCCAGCAUCAGCCCAUGGCCGCCCAUAUCAGCCCGCAGAUCGCGCCCUGCCACAGUCCCCUUCAGCAACACCAGGUGCCCCCGCGCUCCCCCGUGGCCUCACCAGAUCCCUCAGCUGGUGGCACUGGCGGCACUGGUGGCAUGGGCGCCCAGAUGGCCCAGCACAUGGGCGGCGGGGGCGUGGAGGGAUCGCCAGAGGAAACUGUCACCGAACUGGACGCCAACGGCCAGCCUGUCAUCUACCCCUGGAUGAAGAAGAUCCAUGUCGCCGGCUCAGAAGGGGCGGGAACACUAUACGCGAAUGGUCAGUUCCAGCCGGGGUGCGAGCCAAAGCGGCAGCGGACAGCCUACACCAGACACCAAAUACUAGAGCUGGAGAAGGAGUUCCACUUCAACCGCUACCUGACGCGGCGGCGGAGGAUAGAGAUCGCCCACUCGCUGUGUCUUUCUGAGCGACAGAUCAAAAUCUGGUUCCAGAACAGAAGAAUGAAGUGGAAGAAGGACAACAAACUGCCAAACACCAAGAACGUGCGGAGAAAGACAAACCCAGCGGGCGUGACCACCACCGUCACGCCGAAGAACCAGCAGCAGAACCAGAACCAGACGCAAAACACGCCGCAGAACGCCCCCACGCAAGACCAGCAGCACACUCAGCAGCAACAGCAACAACAGCAGCAGCAGACCGCUCAGCAACAAGCAGCGCAGCAGCAAGCCGCGCAGCAGCAACAACAGCAGCAACAGCAACAGCCAGGAGCACCUCACCCGGGAGGUCACACUCCAGGUUACCCACACAUGGGCGGGGGAAUGAUGCCGCCUCCCGGCCUGACGCCUAUCUCAGCACCCUAUCCACACGGGGCCAUGAAGCCUGACUACGGCCUGACCACGCUAUAAGGCCGGGCAGCGCCGCACUUGUUGGGUGCACUCACAGCACCUGCUCUGUAGCUUUACCCCGGCUCAGUCCUGCGACCCUUCCUUCUGCUGUUAUUAUUGCUGCUGCUGCUGCUGCUGCUGCCGCUACUGCUGUUGCUGCUGCUAACGCGCACACCCUUCUCAGCCUUCAUCCUUACUACCCCUACCUGCCUCUCGUGCUCCUACUGGGGCGGCGCGGGUCGGCCGGCGGCGGCUCGCCCCUACUCUACUGUAUACAACCCCGAGGUCUGGCUGACUGCUUACCCCGGCCGGCUCACCCUCUCCUAUCUUCAACUCCUCAGUCUCUGGCUGCUGGCCGGCUCCGGCCACUUAGUCGCCGCCCAGGAGCGAAGAAGAAAUUAUCUCAUCUCAGGGUUGUGUGUGUUUGUGGUGCCAUGUGAUGCACGAGACCACAGAGCAGCCGCAUGGUGUUAUUUCCAAAUCACUGAGGGUCUGGGUAUUAUAUACCACAGGAAGGAAGGUGUUGUAAAAGUGGCACGGUUAACAUUCAGUCCCGUCUGAAAGAAAUACUGAUGAAAUUAUAGUGUUGCUCUGAGCCUACCGUCAGAAUAAUGUCCCAAAGAAAAGCAAGAACUACGGUAGUGGAACAGGAUGAGUGAAACGGUCCCGGAGUCUGCCGCCAUAUUCCGAGAAGGCGAUCAAAGCAAUACUAGAAAUGACUCACGUCUUUCUGACAAACAGAGACAAAACUUGCAUACCACCGGAACUUCGUACAUCAAAUCACAGAUUUAGGAAAGGUAGGUAAUAUCUCUCCUCUUCCUGCGCACCUUCCCCACUUUCAGUAGACAAAUAAACACGGUCACUUCAAAAGCGGCCGAAUUUUGACACUUCAUUAGGGCGAGGGAUGAGAAAGGGGAAGCAGGGACAGGAUCAUUACAAAUAAUCCCUCAAGGGUCUCCUUCCAUCCUUCUCACGGCCACAGCUGCUCGCCUCCAAGCACUUCCUUAAUUUAUUUCUUAUUUCCAUCCACAAUCCCUUUCAAUUAGCAACUGCUACGAUGAGGAUGAUUCACACUCUUCAGUCUGUCGUAACCAUGACAGAGGAAGCUGUUCAGUGUCCGCACAAUCACAUCCCCUCCCCCCCGCCCCCAGACCUAAGACCUAGACCUGACCUUGGGACCUAGAAUGACCUCUGACUUCCCUCCCUCCGCACGCCGGCGUCGCAGGAGGCCGGCCAGUUAUUGCUCCCCGGAGGGUGUUUAGCUGCGCCGUUGAAUUGUCUCACCGAGGGCCAGAAAUUUACACACGACACCCGCCACCCACAUUCAUAUUCUUAAGCCAGAACACCUCACCACGCCAUCCCUACAUUUGCUUGUUUUUAUACACACCAGUUAUUUCCUUAUCUUGACACUAUUAUUCAUAAUAUCAAGAGACACGGAAUUAUGUAUUUGUUGCUCAUUUUGCCAUGACACUGUGGCAUUCAGUGUUUCCUUUUUAAGAUAUGUACAGUAAAUUACACACACACACAUACACACACACACACACACACCAUAUACAAUCUUUGUGACUUGAACAGUGUAAAGAUCAAGGGAGCUACAGCGACAAAUAUAUGAACAGGUAUAGAUAAAUACACUGAUGGAUAGAUAGUGCCGGACAGACUGACAUAAAGGCAGACAGAGAGACAUAUAAAAUAAUUGAAUGAUAAAUUAACAGACUGAAACAUGGAGACAGAUUAUUCACAGAUAAGCAAA